AUGUCUUACACCAUUUAUGGAACUAAUUGCACCGAGAGAGGAGAACUCCUCCCUGGAGCGUAUUGCACCCUUAGUCCCGUCCUAGGUUUAGAUGUCGCAGAGCUACAAGGAAGGACACCAAUCACCCCGGAGAAGAGACUCGACAUCCGCCCUGACGUUCCGGUGAGACUCCAGAGGAUUCCUCUUGGUUUUGGGAUAGAGCUCAAACACCUCCUACUAGACUUCAGCCAAGAAGACGAAAUACUUCUGAAUCUUCGAGAAACUGAGAAACGGGCCACCAUCCAACUGACCCACGACAAGAACAAAAUAACGGCAAUCACUACCGCCUUGGACAAGGACUCCAAAGUUUCCUGGUGGGAAAGUCUGUUCGGCUACAGUCCCAAGGCAACAUCCUUCUUUAAUCUAUUGAUACACCCGGUGAUAGUUCUUCUGGUUCUGGUCAACUGUACACACCCCGAAUGUGAACUUGUCCUUCGGGUUCUAGAGCAGGAGGCUGAAUGUUAUAAGAGAAUGCGAUCAGAAAAUGAGACAUUACACAGACCCACAGAUGAAGGAUGUCCUACUGAGUGGGAUGGUGUUAACUGUUGGAAUGCAGCUUUAUUAGGAGAGACUAUGACUGUCUAUUGUCCAGAAAGUCUUCAGAUAUUUCUUAAGACCAACGUCGCCAUCUCUAGAAAUUGCACAGCCAGUGGCUGGACGGCUCACGCCCCUCCAUAUCUGAAGGCCUGCUUCUUUAACACCAGCAAUGAGACAGAUGAAAAGAAGGGUCAUUUCUACACAGUGAAGAUCCUGUACACAUGUGGGUAUGCAGCCUCUUUACUAGCACUCGUGAGCGCCAUCAGCAUCUUCUUACUUUUUAGGAAACUUCAUUGCCCCAGAAAUUAUAUCCACAUGAACCUCUUUGUGUCUUUCAUUAUACGGGGAGCUGCCGUGUUCAUUAAAGAUGCCAUUCUUUUUGCUGAUGAGAAUAUUGAUCACUGCACCAUGUCUACGGUAAGCUGUAAGGCAGCAGUGGUUUUCUUCCAGUACUCCAUCCUUGCAAAUUUCUCUUGGCUCCUGGUGGAGGGAAUGUAUCUACACACUCUGCUCACCCUCACAUUUACCUCACAGAAGCGGUAUUUUUGGUGGUAUAUUGUCAUUGGCUGGGGUCUCCCAGCACUUACCAUUGCAGUAUGGAUAAAGACAAGAAUCAGCUUUGAUAAUACUGGGUGCUGGGAUGAUUAUGAAAACAUUUACUGGUGGAUAAUCAAGACCCCAAUACUAGUUGCAAUAUUCCUGAAUUUCAUCAUAUUUCUAAAUGUGAUCCGAAUUCUUCUGCAGAAAAUACGAUGUCCGGAUAUCAGUAAGAACUACAAGCAGCAGUACAUGAGACUGGCUAAAUCUACCCUUCUCCUGAUCCCUCUCUUUGGAAUUCAUUAUGUCAUUUUUGCCUUGUUUCCUGAGCACAUUGGUGUCUGGGCCAGAUUAUAUUUUGAGCUUGUUCUUGGUUCAAAUCAGGGCUUCAUUGUGGCCUUAUUGUACUGCUUUCUCAAUGGAGAGGUGCAGGCUGAGAUCCAUCGACACUGGGGCAAGUGGCAAACAUCAUUAGAAAGCAAUGUGUUUAAUCUAGUAACGCAGGACUUCACAGCAUAACAUCACUGCUGUGACAACUGUCCAGAAUGCCAAUACAAGAUGGACAACUGUCCUACUCAAGAAGUCUAGAUGCUAAUAUCUGAAAACUGUGGGUUAUGAAUAAUGCAGCUAUAAAUAUCAAUA